AUGCUAUCGACCGCAGGCUCCCUUGCAGCGUCGGCGGUGGUAAUCCGCACAAUCUCCAACGAACUGCUACCCCACAACCUCUAAGAUUUCCUCUUCUCAACCCUCUCCUCUUUCUUCAACCGCUUCUCCUCCCAACUCACCAUCACCAUCCAUGAAUUCAAUAGUUUUUCCAUCGAUGAAUUAUAUUCUGCCGUCAAGAUCUACUUAGGCUUCAAAAUCUCCCCGUCUACAAGGAGGCUGAGAGUAUCCAAAAAUGACAACGAAAAGGACUUCAGAGUCUCCAUGGAGAGAGACCAGGAAGUCAUCGACAUCUUCCAAGGGAUGAAACUCCAAUGGCAAUUAAUCUGUCGAGAGAACAAGAAUAACGACUUCCACUCAUUCAACGGCCCAAAUUCCAUCAUCCAGACCGAGGCCAGAUUUUUCCAGCUCAGCUUCCACAAGAAACACAAAGACAAGGUCUUGCACUCUUACUUACCUCAUGUUAUCAGUACAUCCAAGGCAAUGAGAGAACAGAAAAAGACAGUGAAGCUGUACAUGAUCGAGUACCAGCGGAUGCACCGGAACUUUGCCGACACCUGGGUUUCGGUAAACCUCAACCAUCCAGCGACGUUUUCAAUGGUGGCGAUGGAUUCGGAGGUGAAGCAGGCGUUGAUGGACGAUCUAGAGAGGUUUCUGAAGAGGAAGGAGUUUUAUAAGAGAGUGGAGAAGGCUUGGAAACGUGGGUAUCUGUUGUAUGGACCGCCGAGGAUCGGCAAGUCGAGCUUAAUCACUACCAUGACGAAUUUCCUGAAUUUCAACAUCUACGAUUUGGAGCUGACAGAUGUGAGGUGGAAUUCUGAUCUCAGGCGAUUGCGGAUUGGGACCGCUAAUCAAUCGAUCCUCGUUACCGAGGACAUUGAUUGCACAGUUGAUUUUAAAGAUCGUGAAGCACUAGUAGUAGGAAGAGCGUGGAUUCCAAAUCAUCCAUCGGAGAAUCAGGUGACCCUUUCAGGACUUCUCAACUUCAUCAACGGCCUUUGGUCGAGCUAUAGCGCUGAGAGGAUCAUCAUCUUCACCACAAAUCAUAAGGAGAAGCUGGACCCCGCACUACUGCGGCCCGGACGCAUGGACAUGCACGUCCACAUGUCUUAUUGCAGCUUCUGCGGAUUCAAGACCCUGGCCAAGAACUACCUCAUGAUCGACGACCAUCCGAUCUUCGAGGAGAUCCAACGGCUGAUAGCGAAGGUGGAAGUCACGCCAGCACAGGUGGCGGAGGAGCUGAUGAAGAGCGACUAUCCGGAUGUGGCCCUUCAAGGAUUCAUCGAAUUCCUCCAGUGGAAGAGGACCGAAGACCUCCAUGCUAAAGCUAAUGAAGAAAGAGAGUCUGAAGAGGAAGGGAAAAAUGGAAAGGAAAGCUAAAGGUUAGGGACAAAAUGGGAAGGAAAUAAUAGGAUGAGGGGCAAAAUGGGAAAGGAGAUAGAGAUGACAUGAAAUUGAGGGAUGGAAAACGACGGGAAGCGAAAAGAAGAGAUAUGGUGAUUUCAUUGACUGGACGACUUACAACUACUUUCAAAAUGCCACCAGAUUUAAUUAUAAUUACUGAGGUUGCCAUUACAGCACCGCUUCGAACUCGAAGAGUGAUUUUGCUUUUUUUUUUUCGAAUUCUUUGAUGCUCUGAGAGAGUUUAGUGGAUGAUCCACCGGCAGUUGGAAAUUACAGAGAAAAUGCAUAGAUGCAUACAAGUAAUCAAACUAAACCGUCCAAAACAUGGGUACCGGUUUAAUGCAUUUGAACAAAAAAUUACAUUUUUUUUUUAUGAUUAGACUAUUAGAUAUAUAUUAUAUACAUUUAUUGAACGGUUAAAAAUGAAAUAUCCAAUUGUCUUAUUUCAUAAAAGGAAGAAAAAAAACAAAAACAAAAACAAAAAAAUGCCAGUAGC